AGGGCCAUUUUUCCUCUUGGGACUAGCCUCUGAUAGAAAACAGCAAGAUUGGUCAUGUCCUCCAGCUGGGAGGAGCCCUUGCCGCCAUCGUGCACAUCUCUCAUGUUCAAACUUGGCCGCAAAAUGACGCAGCAAGAGUUCCUUGUGCGUUUCAAUGCGUUGUACGGGUAUGAAUUCUGCCCAUACAACUUCGUUCACCUCCCUUGGUCCACGCUGGCAAUCGUGAACUUCCUGAACGCGGAGGUGUGUGCAGACUGCUGGGCUCGGACCAAGGAGCUCACAGCGGCGGGAGAGAUGAAGGGGGCACGAGCAGCCACCCACCACGGGCUGGAGAGCAAUUUGGUGGACUACCUCUCCCGAGCCAAAGGCAGCGGUCAGAUCGCCAGCAGGCCCCCGCUUGUGUUUGACCGCGGAAGCUCUAUCUCCUUGGCUCAGGCAUGCCGCUGUUUUGGGCUAGGCUUGAUGCGCACCAAGGCGCCCAACUUCCAUCAGAUUCACUUAGACUUUUAUUCAAUGUCUCAGACUGCGGUUUGGCACUACCUCGAGAAGAUGCCGGGCACGCAGAUUCUGCUUGACAUUUAGCCGGCCAGAGGAAACUUUUUCGCCAUACCCAGCCCAGGCUUGGGAGUAAAUUCAAAUAUCAGGCGUUUAUGCUUUCGAUGUCCACCCCCCCUCCAGAGAAAGCCACUUCAGGAAAAGCCUGGGUGGCUUGUUGUUCACGCCAUCUUGGUUUCUUCCAACCAGGUCGCAAACUGAACAAAAGUGCGAACUGGAAAGGCCGAGCAAGCGCAGUCGG